UGAAGUGUAAAUAACGUGCAGUACACAGUUGAAAACAACGCAAAGGCAAACAUGAUCACGUAAUACGUGUUACUUUUCUCAGCGCUUUUAGGAUGCACCAAUCACAUUUGUGUCUGUGAUUAGCCGCUACAGAUUUAUAUAUACUUUUUUGGAUAGUUUUUAAAAACUUUAUCGUUUUUAUUUAUAUUAACUACUGUUCCUGUGAAAUAAUAAAUGUAAACGAUAAUACAUCGUGGUUCAUACAUAUGUUAAGAUAGUCACAAAACGUCUCUACGUUUGAGGCAACCUAACGGUCGAAUCUGCUUUUGGGCCACUAAGCGCCCCGUAGAGGAACAAACUUCAAGUCUCGUCAACACAGGUACGGGCAAGGAAUGUUGGAUUUUCACGCUGCUCGCCUACAGUCUUUCGAAUAAUUUCAGAAAUGAUCGCCAGGCGGCUCCCAGCCCAAGGAGAGCCCCGGAGAACCGGGCGAGCCGCUGAAAGAGUCAAUCCGCAGCUCUUCCCUCCUCAGACAGCAGCUAUUCGCUCGCGCCCGGCCGCUACAGUCACGUUACUGGAUAAUAAACCUCCGUACGCCUGGAAAACACGCGUUUGUGUUUACGGUGUCAGUUCUGCACCUGUUCACUCCUAGAUCCAAUCUGGAGAAACGACAGACAGACAAACAAGUAAAAGAAAAGUGAGAAAAGAAGAGCCCAUCAUUUCAUCCGUCUUAAAAGGAUCAGAUUAAGCGAGAAAGUGAGAUAGAAGGUUUUAAGAUUUGAAGGAGCAAUGUAACGGGCAGCUCGCCGGCUACGAUGGACCUCAAAACCAGACAUUGAAUCUUUUCUUCUCAAGACACAAUGGUCCUUGUUUUUUUCCUUGCAGUAACUGAAUCAAACGCAACCACAUCAGACAACAAUGACGACCAGUUGCAGUCCAGCCCAUACAUCCUGCCCACACUGCUCGGUCUGUUCGUCUUGAUUCUUGUUGUGGGCCUGCUGACCUGGUGUUUUCUCAGGUUGAAAAACCAGAGGAAGGCUGUCAUCACAGCCACCGACAAGAAAGUACCAAAUGGGAUCCUGGAAGAGCAGGAACAACAAACCGUGGUCUUACUGCCUAGAUCGCCGUCCACCUCCAAAACAUAUUUCCCCAUCCCCGUAGACAACUUAGAAGAAGAGUAUCGGAUACGCUCGGCCGACGAUGGAAAACUCUUUCGGGAAGAGUACAAUUCUUUACCAGGAGGAUCAGCGCAUGGAACAUAUGAAGAGGCAAAUAAAGAGGAAAACAAGGAGAAAAACAGAUAUCCCAACAUCUUACCAUAUGAUAAUUCCAGAGUGACUUUAACACAUGUCGAUGGAGUUUCGUGUUCAGAUUAUGUCAAUGCUUCAUAUAUUGACGGUUAUAAAGAUAAAAAUAAAUUCAUCGCUGCACAAGGGCCGAAACAGGACACGGCUGCAGACUUCUGGAGGAUGAUAUGGGAACAGAAAUCAGCCACUAUUGUCAUGCUGACAAAUCUGAAAGAGAGAAAAGAGGAUAAGUGUUAUCAGUAUUGGCCCGAUCAGGGAUGUUGGACGUACGGUAAUGUUCGUGUUGCUGUGGAAGACUUCACUGUGCUGGUGGACUACACGAUACGUAAAUUCUGUGUGCAAUAUCAGGCCAGUGACGGAACCAAAACACCCCGUCUGGUCACUCAACUGCACUUCACCAGCUGGCCGGACUUCGGUGUUCCGUUCUCUCCCAUUGGCAUGCUCAAGUUCCUCAAGAAGGUGAAGCAGGUGAACCCCUCGUACGCCGGACCCAUCGUGGUGCACUGCAGUGCCGGAGUGGGCAGAACAGGAACAUUCAUCGUCAUUGACGCUAUGAUUGACAUGACGCACACAGAACAGAAGGUGGACGUGUUUGGAUUCGUGUCACGGAUCCGAGAGCAGAGGUCACAGCUUAUUCAGACAGACUUACAGUACUCUUUCAUCUAUCAAGCUCUUCUGGAGUAUUAUCUGUACGGGGACACAGAGCUUGAUGUGUCUUCUCUGGAGGGUCACCUGGAUAAACUGCACAACACCUUUGUACCGCUUGACCGCGUGGGCCUGGAGGAGGAGUUUAAGAAACUCACAAACAUGCGCAUCAUGAAGGAAAAUAUGCGAAUGGGAAACCUUCCUGCCAACAUGAAGAAAAACAGAGUCCUUCAGAUUAUUCCAUAUGACUUUAACAGAGUCAUCAUGUCGAUGAAAAGAGGUCAGGAGUUCACCGAUUAUAUCAACGCAUCUUUCAUUGAUGGGUACAGACAGAAGGACUAUUUCAUCGCGACGCAGGGUCCUCUGUCAAGCACGGUGGAGGAUUUCUGGAGGAUGGUUUGGGAGUGGAAGUGUCACUCGAUCGUAAUGCUGACAGAACUACAGGAGCGAGAGCAGGACAAGUGUUUUCAGUACUGGCCCUCUGAGAACUCUGUGACGUAUGGAGAUUUCACAGUGGAGAUGAAAGGAGACACGCUGUGUGACACGUUCAGUCUUAAAGAUCUGCUGCUCACAUACGGACCGGACAAACACACACGUUUAGUUCGACACUUUCAUUUCCACGGCUGGCCGGAGAUCGGCAUCCCAGCCGAAGGUAAAGGAAUGAUUGACAUCAUUGCAUCCGUUCAGAAACAACAGCAGCAGUCGGGCAACCAUCCCAUAGUGGUGCACUGCAGCGCUGGAGCAGGACGGACCGGUACAUUUGUCGCUCUCAGUAAUAUUCUGGAGCGUGUGAAAGCUGAAGGUUUGCUGGACGUCUUUCAGACCGUCAAGAGUUUACGAAUGCAGCGGCCACACAUGGUUCAGACGGUGGAGCAGUAUGAUUUCUGCUACAGAGUGGUACAGGACUUUGUCGACAUUUUCUCAGACUAUGCCAAUUUUAAAUAAUCAAAUCUGCCUUAAAUGUUUGAGUUGUUGGAUGCUUUUUUACACGCCGGUCGAUCAGAAUUUUCUACCACGACUGAAAGAUAAUUCCGCUCUAUUUUGCUAUGCACUUCUCCUCAACGUUACUAAAAACCAUAUCUAUCUGUAAUAUAAUGUACUAAGGCUACUAAAGUUUUAAAAACUGUAAAUUUGUCUUCUUUAUAACAUAUUUAAAUGGUUUAUUUUAUUUUGGUCUCAAAUCGUUUUUAUUACAACAGAUCAUUCCAGUUUCUGUUUGAAUUGUAAAAUAGUGUUUGUCUUUGUUUGUAUGUGCAACAAAUUAUUUUUAUUUGUUUUUUGAAGAGUCGUGUAGAAUUUGUAAAGCUGUGGCUGUGAUGUAUUUAAAGACGGGACAACCUGCGAGAUCGGACAUUUAUGUGACGUUUCAUAUUGUUUUAUUUAUUCAGAGUUGUCUUAUGAGAGAUCUCAUUGUGUCAAAGCGUUGUUUUUAAUCCCUGUCUUUAACAUUGUCCUUAUCAGCCAUCGCAAAUGUGAAUGUUGUUGACUUUUUGGUUUUAAAGCAGCAAAUAUUUCCAUCAAAUGAAGAGGCUAUGUGAGAUGAUUUGAGUUUUAGGGAAUAUGGCUAGUGUAUUGUACUUAAGAAAGGCACAAACGUAUUACCUUGAAAUACCUGAAAGAAUUUGCAUUUAGAGAUGGUCUUGCACAUAGCAGAAAGGAGAUGUGUAUGUCUCAUGAUCUUGCCCCUGUCUCCCUGAGAAUUUACUGAGAAAAGCUGCAUAGGUUUGUUAAGCACACAAACAUACAUGACUGAUUGUUGCCCUGCAGAGGGCCAAUGGUUUCCAAUAAAUGAACAAAUGUAUUACGAAACA